AUGGCGAACCCAUUCUUAAUGGAUGAUGAUUUGGGGGGCGCUGAUGCUGACGCAACAGCUAACCCGUUCUUUUCAAAACUCGAUGGUGCAGAGAGCGUAGCGGAGAUAACGGAUAAUCCAUUUGGUGGUCAAUCGAAUCCUUUCGCUUUUGGAGAUGAACCUGAAGAGGGUCCUGCACCUGCAUCCGAUAUUGACCCAGCAAUGAGUUUCUUUGGCACAACUAUUGAGGCGGAAGAUGAUACGCUCAGUAUUAAGUCCACCGCUGAAGAAGAAGAUGAAACUUCUAAGCGAGGUCCACCGCCCAGACCAGUGCCACCGCUUACCCAGGAACUCAUUAAUACAGUUUCCAAUCAAAUGGAGGAGACAAGCUCAGAGUUGCUCGGACGCAUACCGGCCACUCGUUCGCCAAGCCCUGUUUCCAUGCGUGAUCUACAUUCGCCCAGCCCUACACCGGAUUCAGGUUUGGCUGAUCUUUUAGAUGUGUCCGAUAGUGCUUCGUCGAGCAAUACGCAAGGAUUUGACAUGGACUUAACUAGCAGUGGUGGCAAUAAUAGUGCCGACAACCCAUUUGGGGUGCCAACGGCCAUUCCUAGCUUACAUGGCGCCACACCAAUGCCGUCACCGGCCAAACAGCAACCCCCGCGACCCCCACCUCCACGUCCUUUGCCACCGAGACCGGCACCGCCAAGUGGUAUGCCAGCGCAACAUAAUCAACAGCCUCCAAGACCAACUCCACCAGCACCAGAGCCAGUCGCUCAGCCUGCUGAGCCACAAGAUUCUGAGGACCUAUUUGAUAUGUUUGGCACAACCAAGCCACCCAAACCUCCACCGCCAAAGACAAAGGAAGAUAUAUUAAGUCUAUUCGAAAAACCAACACAACCAAUGGCUAAACCAGAUCUGUUAAGCGAUGAUCUAGUUUUGGAUUCUUCAACUGAAGCACCGGCUGAUGAACAAGACAAUGCAGGCGAAGAUCCUAUUUUUAGCUCAAUGCUAACACGCCCUGAUGAGAGUACACAUGAUAUUACAUGUCAACCGCAGGCGGCAGAUCUAAACAUAUCGAUGAUAAAUAACAUUGAAAGAAAGGAAUUAGUAAUCGACAACACUAAACCGCGUGCCCCAACUCCGGAUAUUGAAAUAACUACUGUAGAAGAUCUGCCACGAUCUGACGAUGAAGAUGAACCAGAACCAGAACCUGCACCUACAAAACCUAUACCGCCAGUAGUCAUUGAAACGGAGCCAAGUCCCGAAGGUGAAGAGGAUGAGAAAGAAGAAAUCGAAGCAAAUAGUGCUGUAACUGCAGAACCCGCAGCAAAUACAUCGGUUGAUUCCGAUCAUAGUCCUCCUACAGAAUCUGCGGCAACCACACAGGCCGUGCCAGAAUCAUCGUUGGACGCUACUACCGAACAGCAAAAUAGUGAGUUUGAACAAAUGGAUACAGGUUUGGACUUUGCACCCGCCAGUGCAGUGGCAAGUGGGGCAGCUUCUGCAAAUCCUUUCGCUAGCCCUGAUGAGGAAGAAGAGACCUAUCCACCAACUUCUGUGGUGACGAAUAUUUUUGCAGUUGACGAUAUGGAUGCUGCAGCAGUGACGAAUAUUUUUACUACAGCGACGGAUACGAUCACAACUUCUGCUGUGCCAAUGAAUAUUUUUGCAGUGGAUGCUGAACCAGAAACAGUGGCAGUCACGGCACCAUCGUACACAGCUAAUAAUAUCUUCGCCAGUGAACCGGAUGAAUUCGAUGCUUUCUCCGCCAAAUUUGAUUCCGUUAAGAAGGAUAAUAUAAGUAUACUUGACGGCUUUGGUGGUGGUUCUGGUGCUGUCACACCAUCGGGCGGAGAUGCUUGGGGUGAUAGCGCAUUUGGUUCACCUGCUGCAACCACCAACGCCUUUGGCGCAACCGAUGGUUUCGAAAAUGAGGAUGAUGAGUUUUAUGCAAUGAAAGCACCCGUUCGCGCUGAAUCUGUUGAGUCUGUAGAUAAGGAAUUUAAUGUUGUCAUCCGACCUAAAGGUGAUAGCACAAACGCAAUUGCACCGCAAUUGGCACCACCACCGCCACCGGCGCGCGCGACCAGCGGUCAACUCUCAAGCGAUACAUCGCCUGCUGUUAACCCAUUUGAGGAUACAGGCUUCCCAGCCCCAGCUCAAAGUGGCGAAAAUAAGGUCCAACGCACUGACUCCCAGGAAACACCACAAACACCGUUGUUCGAUGAAGACGUAUCACAGCCACUCGAAGAUUUUCCACGUUUGAAUUAUGUCGGACCUGGUUGGGAAAUGCAACUACGACAACCGAACAAAAAGAAAAUAACCGGCCAGAGAUUCUGGAAGAAAAUCUUUGUGCGCUUGGUGAUACAGAACGAUGUGCCUGUCGUGCAAUUGCUCAAUCAGCCAUCAGACAAGCAACCAUUCCAAGAAUUGCCCCUUCAGCCCUCCUAUUCUGUAUCCGAGAUUGGCGCACAACAGUACGAUCAGUUUGGAAAGAUUUUCACCAUAAAGCUACAGUACAUAUUCUAUAAAGAACGCCCCGGUGUGCGACCAGGACAAGUGACUAAAGCAGAACGGAUCACUAAUAAACUUACAAAAUUUGCACAAUAUGCCAUUGCGGGCGAUUACGAGGGCGUGAAGGAGUUUGGAAGUGAUUUGAAAAAGUUGGGCUUACCUGUUGAACAUGCGCCACAAUCAUCGCAGCUAUUUAAGAUUGGAUCGAUGAACUACGAGGACAUGAAACAGUUCUCGGUAUGUAUCGAAGAGGCACUCUUCCGUUUGCCGGCGUUGCGUGAACGCGCGCUAACCUAUAAAAUGGAGGAGGUACAGGUGACGGCAGUCGAUGAAAUUGUUGUAGAGCAGGACUAUGAGGGCAAAAUUUUGAAACAAAUAGCGCGUGUGCGCCUGUUCUUUCUAGCUUUUCUCACAGGUAUGCCCACUAUCGAAUUGGGCGUGAAUGAUAUGUGGCGCCAGGGCAAAGAAGUGGUGGGCAGACACGACAUCAUACCUGUAGCCACCGAGGAGUGGAUACGAUUAGAAGCUGUCGAGUUUCAUAGUGUGGUUAAUCAAGAGGAGUAUGAGAAGACGCGUACAAUUAAGUUCCAGCCACCGGAUGCGAAUUAUAUAGAGUUACUACGUUUCCGCGUGCGUCCACCCAAAAAUCGCGAACUUCCAUUACAGCUCAAAGCCACUUGGUGUGUAACCGGCAAUAAGGUCGAGUUGCGUGCCGAUAUACUUGUGCCGGGCUUUACUUCACGCAAAUUGGGGCAAAUACCAUGUGAAGAUGUCUCUGUGCGAUUUCCCAUACCGGAAUGUUGGAUCUACUUAUUCCGCGUAGAGAAGCAUUUUAGGUAUGGCUCUGUCAAGUCUGCCCACAGACGUACCGGCAAAAUUAAAGGCAUUGAACGCAUUUUGGGUGCAGUCGAUACGCUGCAAGAAUCACUAAUCGAGGUCACCUCAGGGCAGGCGAAAUAUGAACAUCAUCAUCGUGCGAUCGUUUGGCGUUGUCCGCGCUUGCCAAAAGAGGGACAAGGCGCUUAUACUACACAUCAAUUGGUUUGUCGCAUGGCACUCACCUCCUACGAUCAAAUACCGAGCGAACUGGCACCCUAUGCCUUCGUCGAAUUCACAAUGCCAGCGACACAGGUCUCACAUACGACAGUGCGUUCGGUGAGCGUACAGGACUCGGAUGCCGAUGAGCCACCAGAAAAAUAUGUGCGCUACUUGGCACGGCACGAAUACAAGGUUGGCAUUGAGACCACACACGGCGAAUCCACAAAUGCUUACUUGGCAGCUACGCGUCCGAUACGUGAGGAGCCAGCACCCAAACCAGUGGCAUCUCCAGUGCCACCAAGUGAUUCGGAUACAGAUUCGAAUUAAGAAUGCGAUAGUGCAGUUAAGGUAUAGCGUACAUAAAGAAAACUACAUACAUAUAUAUAUAUACUCAAAAUACAUACGUACAUACAGCGCAUACAUAGAGACAAAAAAUAAGCCAAGGCCACUAGAAUGAUACUUGUUAAUGUAGAAAUAAUUCAUAAAAGCAGAAAAACCAAAGCUUAAAACAUAAAGACCAAAAAUCAAAAAAAAAAAAAAAUUAAUAAUAAAAAAAGAAGUUGUUAAAAAUGCAUAUACAUACAUACAUACAUACAUGCAUAGUUAAUAUAUUUUGAAAAGUCAGUAAUGCGGCAAUAUUUUGUUGAGAACACACACACACAUACGCAUAUGCAUUUCUAGAACCUUUGAGUUCGUUGUAAGUAGUUGAUAACUCAUAGAGAAUCCGUGCAUCUACUUAAUAUGUAUACAUGAGUAACACACAACUUAGCAUAGCAGAAGGAACAUAAUGAAUCAUAAGCGUAAAUUAAACAAAAUUAAAGAAAAAAAGAAAGAAAAACGUAAGAAAAUUAUUGAGCUCACACUGGCAGAGGCGCUGAAGACCAACCACAUCGAAGCAAUAUAGUAUUAUAUGCUGCAUAUUGCGCGUAGUUAAAGGGUAUUUAAAGGAAAUUGUUAUAGGACUUUCAUAGAACAAAAGUGAACUCAUAAAAAAAAUUAUUUGUUUGCUAAUUGGAUAGAAGUACAUACUGUAAAGAGAGGGGUAUAUGAGACACACACCUACAUAUGUAAAUUGCAAAACAUACGCAUGUCAUACUCAUACACACACACACAUAUUAGUUGACAAUAAGAUGUUGAUGAACACGCAGCGUUUGUCGUUUCAGCGUUGCGCUCGCAUACACAGCUGAAUGUAACUGAAUAAGUUACCCAAUUGCUGACCUUAAUAUUUACUUAUGUACGUACUUACUUACUUACUUACUUAAUUAAUUACUUAUGCAAAUAUCAGGUAUAUUUAUAUAACUUAAACGCUUUAAUUGUUAUUACAAAUUAAUAUCUAGAAUGAGUAUAUUUAUGAAUCAUGCAUACAUAAAUACAUACAUAUUUAUUAUAAGGUAUUAGUUUAUAGUUUUUCACUUCAAUCAACAAACAUACAUAUAAUGAGUUAAAAUGUUAUAGGAGCACUUUACAUAUAUAUAUAUUUAAUAUUAUAUGUACUAGAGAUGAAAAUCCCGAAAUUGCGGGACUACCUUUUAAGGUCCCGAAAUUUCGGAAUUACUUUUUAGGUUCUGGAAAUCGUGGUAUUUGCUGAUAGUAAGAAUCUCAAUCCCCUCAAAUCGGGGUUAGGGUAUUUAAGUCCCGAAAUGCGUAAUGUUUAUUGGUAUUAGGAAUCUGCAGCUCCCCAUGACGGGAUUCUAGUAUUUUCUUAUAAAUCGAAUUCGAAAUCGAAAAAUAUAUUGUAACCAAAUAGUACCGGGGGCGUCCUCACGGGGCACUAUGCGCGCGGUAUAUAUGCGAUGAGACUCGGACUCCUUUUUGUGGCAGCUAUAUUGAGGAUGACGCUGCAGCAUCUACUGCUUAGCUAAGAUUUAAGCUUCAUGGUUCUCACUUCUUUCCUACGCCUGCUGAUAUAGCAGACGUUGAUAUCAAAAAUCUGAUGAAUUUCAUUAGCAGCAUAAAGCGGCUACAUAGCCACAAAUUAGUCACCGUUCGUAGUCCCCAAAUGCCGCCUCUUAAAAAAGGUAAUCCCGAAAUUUCGGCAUUGAGAUUCCGGCACUUUCGGGUUUUGAAAAGAUUAGCCGACAUUAUUUGUUUACAAUCUCAAAAUUUUCGGAAUUUAAAAAAGAUAACAAAAUCCCGCAAUUUCCCGGGAUGCCCAAAAAUCCCGCAAUUGCGCGAUGCUCGAAAAUCCCGGCACUAUUUGCUUGCAACCCCGGAAUAUUCGGAAUUUAUAAUUUGUUACAAAACAAGAAAUGAAAUGGAAGAAGAAAAAUAUCUUUUUUAGCAAAAAGAAACUACAUUGACCUCAACUUUUAAGCAAAUCUGUAAAUGUUUGAACGUUUUUGUUGUACUUUGAAUAUAAAAAGCAAUACCUGUACAGAUAUAUGCCUCUGUGGUAGAAAGUUGUACUGAUUUACAUAAUUUUUAUUUUAGCUUAAAUUAAUAUAUUUUUUGGUGGUUGAGGUAGGUUUCAAAAUGCCUUCGCACUUACAACGACCGUCGUCUACUGUCGCGAGUGGUGUGGCCACUAAAACAAUUCCUCCUCCUCUACUGGGGGGACUCCCUGUCCGGGACUACUUUCUGCAUUACUUCGGGAGGUUCCAGAACGACGUUCAUGAACUAGACCACUUCUAUAAGCCCACGUCUGGGUUCACCAUGCUUGUAGCCAGCUUCAUGUUAUAGGCUUGUCUCUUUUUGCUUCUGUCUGUGAGGCUUCGCUUUGUUGUACUGCGUCGAGGUCUAUCUUUUUUAAUUUAAAUAGAUAUAAAUAUUAUAGAAAGUAUCCAUGCAUUUUCAAAUGGACGAUCCCCUAAACUUAGCAUUGAAAUAAAAAAUCAAUUUAAGAAAUUUAUUAAUCCAUUAACUGAUUAAUGUUUAAACAUUUUUAUGUGCUAUUUAGAACAAAAAAUUUCAAAAGUUUUUUAUCUUGAUUAUUCAGUGUAAUUUUUUUUUGAGAAACAUGUAAAAUGCUUCCAGUUUCUAUUGUAUAAAAUAAAAAUAUAAAUUUUACUCAUUUAAGAAAGCUUUGCUACGGUGUGAGUCCCGAGAUAACGUUAUUACAUUGCAAAUAUUCCGAAAUUUCGGGAUCAACUAUCAUCACUGAUAUAAAAUACACAAAUACACAGUUGCGUGCAACUAAAUAGAAACGCGAUAUUUUGAUCAGUUUCGACUACUUUGCUUUUUGUUUUUCAAUUCUCAUUUUUUAUAAACUAUUUUUAUAUACAUUUCAUUAUACAGCAAAUAUUCAUUUAAAUCAAAGUGUAAAAUUUUGUUAGUAUUUACAAAAACUCGAAAAACUGCAUUAAAAUUGGGAACUUUGUAAUCAGAAUUUCUAAAAUUUCAAAAAAUUCAAUUCUAUAACCCAUUACAUUUUAUUAUAUGAAGUGCAAGUUUGAAGCCGCUUCAAAUCCUCUUUGAUUUUUGAUAUUCUUUCCGCUGACAGUGUUAAGCAUUUUAGCCAUAUAACGAACAAUUUUCUGAUUAAUGUACUGUGUACGCAACUGUAGGUAUUGGAAUUUUUGUAGCAACUGUUGUUCUAUGACACAGAACUGCUAAAUUAAAAUUUUUUGAAGCAAAUAAAGUAGCACCUCUUACAAUCUCGUAUUUUGGAGUUAAUUUUGCUAAACCGGAAUUUUUGGAAUUCUUCAUAGCUUUUUUAGCAUUUAAGUACAGAGUUUUACCUCGACGGAAUGCUGAAGAUUAUUAUUAAAAGAAAUUAAAGUCGAAUCUUUCAUAUUUAAGAUGAGUAAAAAGCCCACAUUGAUCAGCUAUUUCAGUACGCUCUUUAAUUUCUCAGGCUCUCCGUUUAUAUUCAACAUUUUCACGUUCGUUCUAGUCCCCAUGUUUGAUGUUUGAAGCAUUCCUUUUUAAAAGAGUUGAAGAAUAUUUGUUUUGCAUACACAUCUAAUUCUACAUUUUGCAACUGGUGCAAUUCUAGUCACUCACGUAUUGAUUUUUCGGUACUAGUGAGCGUACAUACAUAUGUAUGUAUGUACAUGAAUACAUGCCAAAAAAAAUAAUAUGUUUCACAUACGAGUUUGAAUGUAAUUUUAGAUUUCAUGGCUUACUAAUAUGAGUACAUAAAAAAUAUAUUUAACUAUUGUUGUUUUAGUCACACAUGAAGCUGGAGAAGAGAAUUAAACAACAACACACAACCCAACGCUCUCAUAAUACGUUAUAAAAAUACAACUUUCUGCAUGAUCAAACAGGAGAUCCAUACAUUCAUACACACUUGCAUACUAUUCAUUCCCAUAUACAGUAGUAUACGCGUAAACUGUGUGAACAUUGAGUUAGUGUACAAUUAGGAGCAUAAAUAUUAAUGCAAGUCUCUCAGAAAGUGUGUAUGCAAAAAUAAAAGAGAAAAAAGCGCUAUAUAGAACUUAGCAGCGCACAAUCACGCAUCGGAAUCUUAAAACAACAAUAUUAAAAAACAAAAAUUGCUGUUCAAAAAUAACUAUCAUUCAUAAAAAUUUGUGCUUCUUGCAAGAAACUUUGAAAAAAAAAUGCAGAAUUAAUUAAUGUAAUUAAGAGCAAAGCUACAUAACUAUCAUAUACAUACACACACACACAAGUACAUAAGCAAAUAUGCUUACUGAAAAUUGAGAAAAAAACUAAAGGCAAAAAAAAAAAAAACAAAUGACAACACUCUGAUAAACUCAAAUAAACACACAUAAAGCUGAAUUAGUUUAUUAACUAAAAGUUGUUGAAAAAACUAUGAAUAGAAAAAAAUUUAGGCUUAAUUGUAAUUCGACGAAUAUUAAAAUAAAAAUAAAAUAAAGCAUUAAAAAAUGAUUGAGAGAGCAACUCUAAUUGUAUGACGUUUGUAUUGAAAAUAAAAUUAAAAA